AUGAAAUUCAUCAAAUACGUUCCCAAAAAGCUCUUCAGGAGGAAGAAAUCUCGACCAGUUCCUGGAUCAGAAUCUGACCCAGCUUCUUUCAGUUCGUCGGAUGAUUCUCAAACCGGGUUCAGUAAGCCCACAAAUGGGUCAACCACACCAACCAGCGUUCUACCUGCCGAAGAAUUGUCGGAAUUUGAGUUAAAACAAGCGUUUGAAUUGAUAGACAGAGAUGGUGACGGGAAGAUAAAGAAGGAGGAGCUAGAGGCGUUAUUGAUCCAUGUCGGAGCCGAACCGCCGAGUCAGGAGGAGCUGAGGCUGAUGUUGAGCGAAGUAGAUGUAGAUGGCGAUGGGUGUAUUAGUUUAGGAGAUUUUUACGCGAUCGGCUCGGCUUUUGGGCCUCCGGCGUGUGAUGCAGAGAUGAAGGAAACGUUCAACUUCUUCGACUCGGAUCAUGACGGAAAGAUAACUGCGGAUGAGCUCUUUAACGUUUUCAGAACGAUUGGUGACAGACGGUGCACAUUAGAGGACUGCCGGCGCAUGAUAAAAGGUGUUGAUAAAAACCGUCCGCUUCGAGGACUUCACUCACAUCACCGACCAAGAGUCUACUACAAUGCCAUGUUUUACGGGAAAGUGCUCUUUAUUCAAAGCAUCGCCAUGGCUUCAUGUUCAAAACCAAAAUGUCCAAAAACCGCAGUUGCCAACUCCCCCCUGACCUCGCAACCACCACCACCACCCUCCUGCAUCAAUUUACAACUCAGAUCCCAUUCACAACUACAAAUUACAGAGCAACAAAAAACACCAUCUCAGCCACUUGUAGGAAAGAGAGGAGUGCAAAAAUAUUGGUUUAGUCUGUCAGACAACCGCCUGACCAUCCUAGCCGAGCGGGCAUUUAUCAUCCACCAGACUUGGUUUCCUGUCUCCUUAGAACUCAAGGAUACAGAGGUACGAGCCUAUAGAACAGAUCCUGUUCAAACACCGAAGGUUAGUUUCAAGAAGCCCAUCGGAAGUGUGAGUGUUUCUGGCCAUAUGUUUGUGGGAUGUCCAAUGCCGUGUGGUGUGCAGAUAACAAAAGGGUACAAGGGAUUCCAAAAGGAAGUCCAAAAGUGCCUUAUCGAUGUUCACAAUUUGAAAGGUUGUCUUAGGGAAUCAGGAAUUGGUGCCAUGCUAAAUCAACUGAGCAGUACAGUUGUUUGCGAGACCACGUGA